AAGAAGAGCAGAAAAAAAAUCAAAAGCGACCGACCGAGAGCACCAACAAAGAUCCGGAUUUUCUGUGGCCGCGCAGUUCAGCAGCAGUCCAACCGAACUAACUUCCAGCCGAGGAAAAGCUAAACCGGGGUUCAGCAGAAUGGCAUCCGUUACGUCGAAAACGCCAAUGCUUCGUGCGGCAGCGGCCCGUGGCUUUGCCGCCCAUGCACAGGCUGCCGCUGCCAGCCGUGGCUCGGCUGAAGUGCAGACGACCACCCUGCCCAACAAGCUGGUUGUGGCAUCGGCCGACCCGAACGCUGCCGUGUCGCGGAUUUCCAUCGUUUUCCGUGCCGGAUCGCGCAACGAAACUGCCGAUUGCCUCGGUGCGGCCCACGUCCUGCGUGCGGCCGGAGGGCUCUCCACCAAGACGGCCACCGCCUUCGGUAUUACGCGCAACAUUCAGCAGGCGGGCGGUAGCCUAACGACCGCGGCCGACCGUGAGCUGGUAACGUACAGCGUCGCCGUGACGAAGGAUCAGCUGGAGGUGGGCCUGAAGUACCUGGAGGCGACCGCCACCGGCCAGGUGUUUAAGCCCUGGGAGCUGGCCGAGCUGACGCCCAUCAUCCGCAACGAGCUGGCCCGUCUGCCGGUGGAGGUGCAGGCGGUGGAGCUGCUGCACAAGGCCGCCUUCCGCGACGGGCUGGGCAACUCCGUCUUCUGCCCGGACUAUCUGGUCGGCAAGCACUCGUCGGAAACGAUGCAGCACUACUUUGCGGCCAACUGCACCACGAACCGGGCGGCCGUUGCCGGUGUCGGCGUUGACCACCAGAUGCUGGUCGGGUUCGCCCAGAGCCUGGCGCUCGAGUCGGGCGCGGGAGGUGAGAACAAGUCCGCCUUCAACACUGGCGAGGUGCGCCGUGAGGGAGCCGGUUCGCGCGCUGCCGUCGCCGUCGGUGCCCAGGCCGUCGGCUGGAGCUCGAUGAAGGAAGCGAUGGCUUUCUGGGUGCUGCAGCACGCUGCCGGUGUCGGUGCCGCUACCAAGCGCGGUACAAACAAUGGUGUCCUCACGAAGGCACUCGCGGGCGUCAACAGCAGCUCGCUGUACAACGGCUACUCGGACAACGGUAUGUUCGGGUUCGUGCUGUCGGGCGAUGCGAAGGACGCGGGCAAGGCGGUCGAGGCUGGCGUGAAGGCACUGAAGUCGCUGUCAGUGAGCGACGCGGAUGUGGCCCGCGGUAAGGCGUCGGCCCUGGCUGCCGCGGCUGAGUACACCGAGAACCAGAGCACGCUGCUCCAUCAGCUGGGCGAGGAGUCGGCCCUGCUUGGACAGGUGUACAAGAAGAGUGACCUGCUUGCUGCCGUCAAUGCCGUCACCACUGGUGACGUUCAAGCUGCCGCCAGGAAGGUUGCCUCCAGCAAGCUGGCCAUCGGUGCCGUCGGCAAUCUGAGCCACGUGCCGCACCUUUGCGAACUGCACUAAACCCUUCACAUCCCUGGGAAAAUAAGAACAGACGACUGCACAUCCCUUUAAACACCACCACACCCGCCCGGAGGGGACAAUUGUUACUAUUUUUUGUUUCUUCCGUCUGUGGGGCAUUCCCUUCCGGAGUCGUCUUUAACCGUUGCUCGCCCCAAAUACCACCCAACACCGGUCCAGCGGGCAACAUGCAUAGCAGAAGCUGUAGUAUAAUUCAAAACUUACAAAAUCGGACGACACAAAAACAAAACCAAUCCCCAAAAAACCAGAACAAGCGCUUCGUCGGAACGAAAUUAAAUACUGUAUUUGUACUGUGUGGCCCCUCGCGGGUCAAUUGGCUAGUGUGACGAACCAUGAAUAGGGUGUGUUUUACGCUGCCGAUCGCGCCUCCCCCCUUGUGAAAGGGAAAGGCUACUGUACUACCCACUCAUGGUGCAAGCAAGUUAUUCAAUAAAUAGGAUAAAAGCCAA